AAACUCCUCUUAAACCCUCAAAAACCCAAAAAGGAAGACAUUAUUGAAGCCGAAAAGCUAUCCAUUCGAAGCAGAAAGAGCAAUUAACAAUGGCUUCAAAUGCCUCAAUUUUCACCCGCAAUUCUCUCUUAUCUGUACAGGUCGUGGGGUUUCCCCGAUUACCCGUUUCUCAACUCCAUGCCCGAACACGAAUUCAGCCAAACCCACCUCAUACAACCCGACUCGGACUGUCUUCUUCUUCUAUCAGUUCUUCAACUAAUGGAUUGAAAAGUUUGUAUCUUUCUGAUGUUGGGACUAGAUGGUUUGUUUCUAGAAGUAAGUUUCAGAUGUCAGCGGUUUCAGGCGACGGAGGUGGUGGUUAUGGAGGUUCCGGUGAUGGAAAUUCAGGUGGUGGUGACAAUGGCAGUAACAGCGGUGGUGGUGAGGGUGGGAAGAACUGGUCAUUGCUUGCCUGGUACUUAUCUCUGCUUGAGAAGUAUCCAGUAUGGACAAAAGCAGUUACAUCUGCAUUAUUGACACUUUUUGGAGAUCUAAUCUGUCAGCUGUGGAUCGACCAAGUAGCAUCUGUGGAUGUAAAGAGGACGCUUCUGUUCACAUUCUUGGGGUUGGUUUUGGUGGGUCCAACUUUGCACUUUUGGUACCUCUAUCUGAGUAGAUUGGUCACAACUCCAGGGGUCGCCGGUACUCUCAUGCGUCUUGUACUAGAUCAGUUCCUUUUUGCUCCAAUUUUUGUUGGUGUUUUCUUAUCCUCUUUGGUAACACUUGAGGGAAGAUCAUCACAAGUUAUUCCAAAGCUUCAACAGGAGUGGUUCUCAUCUGUCCUUGCAAAUUGGCAACUCUGGAUCCCUUUUCAAUUUUUCAACUUCCGGUUUGUGCCUCAGCAAUUUCAGGUUGGGGAAGCAGAAUUUAAAAUUUCAAUGUAUUGCCAAGGAUGCGAAAAACAAAUUGCCAAAAUCAUAUCAAAAAUCAAAGGGGUCGAAGAAUUCAUGACGGAUAUGAAUAAUCAUAAAGUGGUAGUAAAGGGUCGAAUAAAUGCAGAUAAAGUGUUGAAGAAACUUAAGAAGAAAACAGGGAAGAAAGUGGAAAUGGUGAUUAAAGAAGAAGAGAGUAAGAAAAAUAGUGAAAAAAAGGAAGGGGAUUUACAAUUGAUGAAACAAAAUCCAAGAGAUAUUACAGAGGCUUUGAUUAUUGGAUAUUGUGGAGAUAGUAUGUUAUAUACUAUGUUCAGUGAUGAAAAUGCAAAUGCAUGUUCAAUUAUGUAAUUUUUUUUUUUGGAUAUGAACUAUUUUUCUUUGGAGGAUUUUUUGAAUUUUGUGGAGAUAGCUUGUUAUAUACUAUGAUCAGUCAUUUUUCGUGA